AUGCCCGCCAUCACAAUAGUUGCCCUACAAGACCCUAUCGCCAUUGUGCAUAUACCUAUCAUACAUGCUGAUACUCAAUCGACGAGAUUGUAUUGGACCUUAGAACAUGCCGGAGAGGGAUCCAGCGAGUUUUUCAACAUUACAUCGAACUGUCUUGAGAUCGCGAUCUUCGCCUCUGUAGACCUUGUCAACGCCCAUUGGAUCGACUCAUCCCUUGACAACGGGAUCAUGAUCAGUCAAUCGACAUGGCGGGCGUUUGAAAUAUUUUCAGGCGAUCAAGAUGAGAACGGGAAUUACGACUCGCCUCAUCUUCGUCACGUCAGCGCCCCUUUAGCUAAAGCUGGUAUCACGAUUCUUUACCAAUCCAGCUACUUUACCGAUUUCCUCUUGGUCAAAGAGGCUGACUUUGACAAGGCAUCGGCAAUCUUUGCAGGGCAUGGAUGGCAUGUAGAUGGAGGAGAUUACACGACACUUCCUUCUCGGCGUCGAUCGCAGUUGCUCUCGCCAACCUCCCCCUCUUUGGACCAUACACCCUCACCGUCAAUCCCAUCUGCCAACGUCUUGGACCAGACUGUCGCUUCUCCGCCUGAGAUCACGGUGCUUGCUUCUCCUCUAGCUUGCAUUGGGUUCUCGAGGCUGGCAGAACAGAGCACAUUUGAGAAAAUACGUCAGCUCAUCGUUUGGCCCAGACGCGCAGAGAUCAACUGGAAGAGACGGUCACUUACAUUAUAUUCUGAUCUCCUUACUCCGCUCUCAAGUCUCCCUCCAACCCCACGAACGGGCAAGUUCGAAGAUUCCGACAUGACUCAGUCCGCUGCAGCGGGUCACGGCUUUCAUGAUCAAGCUCAACGACAGACUCGGCCUUUUCUCUCGUAUACCCGGACGACGGAUGGAUCAAGCUUGAUCUCAAGUGUUCAAGUCCUUCGCGACAUGUUUGGAAGUCAUACAGAAGGAGAGGUGCUUGAACUUGACGAUCAAGUAUAUUAUGGCAAUGGCGAUCUCUUCGAUAGCGGUAGUGAAGUGUCUGCGAGAUCAGAAGCGGAGAGCGAAGCAUCGGACGGAGAGCAAGAUGUCGGAGGGCGUCUUCCCGACCGAUCUAGACCCAUCUCUUUUCCACUCACUCCCGACGAAUCCCCAAAUUUGGAAACGGAUAUAGGGAAUGAUGCUGUUAGACAGUGGGGUCGUCCUGAUGGAGAGAGCGACACCGACAAUGUCGAAGAGACAAAAGUCCGACCACGACGAUCAGCUGGGAACCGAGUGAGCUGGGUCGAUUCUUCUAUUGUUGCUGGUACAUCAUCCAUCCUGUCCGCAAAUACAGCGGCUGGUGACGAUAGAGCUACUCCGGCAUCCGACUCGAAUGUCAAGAGAAGAGGGCGUAAACGAUGCCUACAGCUCGAUCUCACAGGAGUGGCAGAUGCGGAUGACGUACAAGACCAAGGCGUGUACCACAUGGACAAAUCUGGACUCGUCACUCUCUUCUCCAAUCUCCUCAACGCCGCCAAUAUCCGAAUGCUCUAUUCAUCCACAUUUCACACUGCCAAUAUCCUUGUAGACGCUACGGAUGUCAAGCGAGCAAAGCAGUUAUUGGGCGGUGGUGAUCCAAUUAGGAGAUGA